AUGUCGGAGCUGCACAGGCUCCCGGAGGUGUCCCAGUCCCUCAGCCUGCUUCCUUGCCAGGGGCAGGAGUUCACCGCAGUGCUUCCGCCCGAGUGGAAGCACCCGACGUCCUUUCUCUGCCCGAUAUCGCAUCAGUGUAUGCACGACCCCGUGAUGCUUGCGGACGGGCACACGUAUGAGAGGCAGCACAUCGAGCGUUGGCUUUCCAACGCUGCCACUUCGCCCGUCACUGGGCUGGAGCUCGCCAACAUCGACAUGCACCCCAACCACACGCUGCACAGCGCCAUCGACGAAUAUUUCAACGAGGUCUUCUGGGUGCACCGGCAUGCCAUCCGAAAGACGAUCCACAGCCGCCGUGGCAGCAGGGACUUUUCUGCAGACGGUGUGCUCAAGCGCACGCUUGAGGCACUAAUACAGAGCUCACUGCUGGUGAACUCCGACCAUGGCGUGGAGUACAUCCUGCGUCAGAUUAUGGACGAGGCCAGGAAGCUUGUCGGCGCGGAAGUCGCGUCUGUCUUCCUGAUGGACACCGUCCGGCAAGAGCUCUCUUCCACUGUGAACUCGACAGAUGGAGAGUUGCGGAUUCCCAUGGGCGUUGGCAUCGCCGGUCACGUUGCCACGACUGGGAAGACGAUCAUCAUCAACGACGCGUACGCAGAUGACCGCUUCAACAUAGCCGUCGACAAGAAGACGGGCUUCAAGACGCAGAACGUGUUGUGCGCUCCACUGAGGGUAAGAAAUGGUGACGUCGUCGGCGUGGUGCAACUCAUCAACAAGACAGGGGGCGGAAUGAUGGACACCGACGGCCCCCCUGGCGCGCUGCUGGGCGCGGCUGCUGACGGCCGCGCCGGCGGGGUCCACCCGUUCACGGCGGAGGACGCGCAGUUCCUGCACGCGUUCGCCUCGCAGGCGGCCGCGGCGGUGGCCCACGACGCCGCGCACGGGCUGGGCGGGCCGCGGCAGCCCGCGAAGCGGCCCGAGGAGCCGCCGGCGGUGCCGGCGAAGACGCUGGAGCUCAGAGGCGCGGGGCGCGACCCCCUGGGCCUUGCUGCGCAGGGCUGCCGCGUGGGCCCCGAGGGCACCCAGGGGAAGCUGUGCGCGCGGGCUCCGCUGCCGUACAAGCAGCCCAGCGAGGCCUGGGCCAUGCCGCAGGAGGCCGCGGCGCUGCUCGAGGAGUCGCUGGACGGCUGGGACCUGGACGUGGUCAGGCUGGCGGCGCUGACCGACGGCCGACCGCUGAGCUCGCUGGGCUGCUUCUUAUUCGAGCGGCUCGGGCUGGUGGCGCACUUCGGCCUGGACCGCGAGAAGCUCAGGGGGUUCUUCCUGGAGCUCGAGCGAGGCUACGACGACGCCGUGCAGUACCACAACCGCCGCCACGCGGCUUCCGUGCUGCACCUGACCCACGCGGUCCUGCGCAGGGGGGGCCUCGCGCAGAAGGCAGCGGCCCAGCUUCACGAUGCCGACGGGGCGCUGGUGACGAUGGCCUGCCUGCUCGCGGCCGCCGCCCACGACUUCGAGCAUGUUGGGCGCACGAACGACUUCCUGGUCAAGACUGGCCACGACCGGGCGCUGCGCCACAACGACAGGCACGUGAACGAGAACCACCACGCCGCCGCCUCGUUCGCGCUGUUGCAGCGCCCUGGGCUGGACUUCCUGGAGGGGCUGUCGCGGGAGGAGUUCCGCCGACUCCGGGGCCUCUUCGUGGAGCUGAUCCUCGCCACCGACAUGGCAUCCAACAAGAGCAUCCUGGACUCGUUCACCGCCGCGCUGGACAGGCCCGCCGGGGCCUCCGGAGCCCCGUGUCCCGGGCGUGGGCCGCGCACGGCCGCGGAGGCGGUCUCGCUGCCUGCCGGGGAGGGUCCGUGCGCGGUCCCCGAGGAGGGCGGGUUCGCGCCCCGCUCGGCCGCGGAGGCGGUGCUGCUGCUGCAGAUGGCGCUCAAGGGCGCGGACCUCGGCCACCUCACCCUGAGCCGCGCCCUGCACCUGCGCUUCGUGCGCGACCUCGAGGCGGAGCUGUUCGCGCAGGGCGACCAGGAGAGCGCUCUGGGCCUGGAGGUGUCCUGCCUGAUGGACCGGGAGAGGCCGGGCGUCGCCUCGUCCCAGGUCGGCUUCUUCGAGGCCGUGGCCCUGCCCGUCUUCCGGAGCCUCGCGAGGGCCUGCCGGGCGCUCCAGCCGCUGCUCCGGGGCGCCGAGGACAACCACCGCUACUGGCAGGGCCUGCCGGGGCCCGCCGGGGCGGGGCCCUCGGCCGCGCCGAGCGGCGAGGGCCUCGGCGGCGGCGCGCCGUGCGCGGCCGUCCUCGGCUGA